UAUACCCCAUACCAAAUCCAAAAAUGUCGAAGGAAGAAUCCAACGCCGCAGCUGGCCUCUCGGCCAAGGUCGAGAAGAAGCGCAAGCGACCAGCCGAUGAGGAACCAUCUACCACGAAAAACGCAGCGACACCUGCGACUAACGCUACAUCGGAAUCCGGGCCCAGCCUCAAGAAGCAAAAGAACAAGCAGAAGUUCAAGGAGAAGAAGAAGUUGAAGGCGCAGCAGGCGCAACAGGAUGAUGUGACGGGCGAGGAGCGCAAAAAGGGCAUUGACGGAUCGAUUGGGAAGAUGGACGGGCCGUUGUUCGCGGAUUAUCUUGCACAGAAAACGAAGAGGCAUAAUAAAGAGAUUUCGGCUGUGGAAUUGAGUGAUCUUUCUGUUCCUGAUUCCGCAUUUCUCGAUACAUCGUCCUACGACGGAUCGAGAGCGCUCGAUAAACUCCCCGAGUUCCUCAAAGCAUUCAGUCCGAAUAAGGGCGCUGGUCUGUUAAAGGCUUCGGAAGAAAAGGGCACUCCACAUACAUUGGUGAUUUCCGGUGCUGCGCUUCGGGCGGCCGAUGUGGUUAGAGCACUCCGUCCAUUGCAAAACAAGGAAUCCACUGUGGGAAAGCUCUUCGCCAAGCACAUCAAGCUGGAGGAGGCCAAGCAAUUCCUGCAACGAGCACGCAUGGGCAUCGGCGCCGGUACACCGGCACGAAUUACCGAUUUGAUCGAGUCAGGAACACUCAAACUGGACGAACUCGAACGCAUCGUCAUCGACGGUUCUUUCAUCGACCAGAAGAAGCGCGGCAUAUUCGAUAUGAAGGAGACGCAUAUUCCGCUCCUGCAAUUGCUGACUCGGCCUGAGUUCCGGGAUCGGUAUGGAGCGAAGCAAAAGAAAAUUCAGAUUUUGGUUUUUUGAUUGCGUCACUCGGAGUUACAGGCAUGGUUUAUAGAUAAUUAGUACAUAGCAUUCAUAUGAGUACUAUCUGCAUGAGU